CAACCGCCAUAAAACAUCAAGAAGAAGAAGAAGAAAUACCCGGAUCACCGAAUUUUUGGAAUUUGCGUGCAGUGGCGCUAACUGUAAACUGGAGUUUAACAGCAGCUAACAUAGCUAAAAUGUUAUUUUAAAGAGCGUUUUUGGUGCUGAGAGAGUUACCGCUGUCGCUGUGUUUAUAUCGGCUCUGGUCGGAGCCAGAAAAUCUAACCAAGCAGGGUUUAUCUUUUAAGUUUCAGUUCUGUAGUUCUGUUAGCAUGGACGCUAGCGGGGAGACAGCUAACGUUAGCAUGGUCUCAGAGGAAGAGUACGAAGUCCAGCAGCUAACCCAGGAGGAAGAGGAGGACCUGGAGCUAGCGUUAGCAAACAUGACAGUGGAAGACCUGCUGCAGAAGGUGCAGGCUGUGCAGACGGACAGCACGACAAAAGAGUUGGGCGUCAACACGGAGCCGGACUGGGAGAGUCAGGUGGCGGCCAUGUUGGAGUACAGCUCCAGCCUGACGGAGCAGUACGACAGUCUGAUAAGGAAGCAGGACGAGGAGGAGGCGUCACACGAGAAACACAAACAACAACUGCAGAAGAAGAAGGAGGAGGCCACCCGCCAGCACCAGGCUCUUCUGGACAAACUGGAGUCUCUGCGAGUUAAACUGCAACUGAACAACUCCAAGGCCACCAGGAAGAACUUCUUAGCCAAGAAACAGGAAAUUACCUCAGAGAAGAACAGAGCGGAGGAGGAGAGGAACAGGCUGGCCAAGGAGCUGGAGGAGAACGAGAGGAAGCUGACGGCUCUCACAGAGGAGCAGAGCGAGGAGCAGAGGAGGUGGCAGGAGGAGCUGGACGAGCUGAGGCAGGAGAUGGAGCGAGUGAGGAAGGAGGCGCAGGAGGCCGAGCUGCUGACCUUACAGGAUGAGAUCGCUGCCGUGGAAAAGCAGAGAGACGUCGCCAUGGCUCGCAUCGAGGCCUGGCUGAGAGAAGUGGGACAGUACCUGAACGCUCUCAGGGUGGAGUUUCCGCAGCAGUACCCUUUUGAGAGGCAGAAGUGGGAGAAAAAGGAAGGCGCGGUCCGGAGGAACCAGGCCGAGCUCCAGAGCCGUUUCCAGGAGGUCCUGCAGCAGCUCCAGCAGGGUCGAGAGUUAGAGUCCCUCCCCAGGAUCAACGUGCCGUCUCUGCCGCACGUCCCCACGGCUGACCUGAGAUUCAGUCAGGUGAUGCAGCCGCUGGUCGGCCCUCAGUUCAUGCCCCCUCCUCCUCCAAACCCAGUGAACCGACCCCUCCCUCCCCAGAGACACCCGCACUAUUACCAGCAACAGUACCCGCCUCCUCACAAUCCCCAGUACCGUCACCGCUACCACCACCCACCACUCCAACACCAGUUCCAACCCCCCCUCCCACCCCAACACCAACCUCCACACCAGUUACAGCCCCACAUCCAAGCUCCAAUGAGGGUGAUGACUCCCCCUCUCAGUCUCUCUCCGUCCCCUCCUGUUCAGCCCGUCCACCCUGUAGGUCCUUCCCCGCCUCCCCCUGCCACUGCUGUCGCUGCCACCGCCGCCCCCACCGGCAAACUAGACAAGGUCCUGGAGAAGCUCGGGGCUCGGUUCCCACAGUGCAACAGGGCUCAGCUGACGUCGCUGCUCCAGCAGGUGAAGAGCUCCCGCGGUACGCUGGCUGGCAUGUCCAUGGAGGAGGUCAUCGAGCAGGUCGGCUUCAAGCUGGUACAGAACGAGAGGGUGGCCCCGGGGCCCAUCAGCCGGCCCACACCCCCGGGCCCCAUCCAGAGGCCCGCACCUCCCUCGCAGAGAGCAGCAGCAGGUGGAGGUCAGGCUGUCGGGGCCCGUAAACUCUGCCUGAUGUGCCAGAACCACGUGGAUCCAGAGAGCCGCCACCCACUGAGCUGCUCCCACACCAUCCACAAAGACUGCAUCAGAGUGUGGCUGCAGUCCAGCAAGAACAACUCCUGUCCCUUCUGCCCGGGGAAGUGACGGAGAACACCAGGUGGUGAAACUUCAACCAUGACUCUAAUCAGCGACAUUCCAAAAAUGACUUUUAUAUGUUCAGGUUCUGUUUACCACCGAUGUUUUUUGUAAAAUACAACCUACAAUAAAGAUCAUUAAAGAAAA